AUGAUAUUCCCAGAGCCACUGACAGGUAUCCUCAGUAACACCAAAAUGACCAUCGGUCAGCCAUCACACGAAGGGCUUCAGCAGCCCACUUCAGGAAGCAACACAACCGCACAGCAAGCUACACAUCAGGAUGCCAGGAGACAGAAUCUCGUGGCCUGCGCCAAUGAAUACGCGCACCUGGUGCAGCGUGCACCGGAGUUGACCUUCUUCACCCAGAACUACAUCGAACAGUAUCAGACAGAGAUUCUUUCGUUGGAGCCUGAUAAGCACGGCGCCACGACUCAACUUCGAAAAGUCCUUGGUAACCUGGUUCAUGACACCCUCGAUGCCCUGCUUGCGGAUCUGCUGGUUGCCGUGAAAGUCGAACAACGCAAGAUGAGCGCCGACGAUGAUGCGAUUGGUAUGACGGAAACGGAGCCACUCGAAACCGAUGUCGUUGCAGCCCAGCAGGAUGUUCUUGGACAGAAGGUCAAGAUGGAACUUGAGUCGCUUGUUGAGCUGGCCAAGGAUGCUGUGGACGAGGAGCUUCUCGGCUUGCAGGAAUACUGA